AAAAGUUGCAAUCUUCUGUCUCUGUAGCCCUCAGCCUCCGAGUAUUUUCCCCCAAAAUCUCCCUUUCUUUCACUCUCUCUCUCUCUCUCUCUCUCUCUCUAACUUUGACCCACCAACACAAUUUCUCUCUACUUCACCACUCUUUUUCCUCCUCAAGGGGUUUAAUGUUGACUUGUUGAUUGAAGACCAGAUAGUCAUAUUUGAUGAUUGUUCAGAUGGAGAAGACACCUAAUUCAACAUCUAAAGAGCGCGCUGAACAACUUUUGAAGAAGAACAUUGAAUUGGAAAAGAAGCGUCAAAAAUCACUCCAGGCAAAGAUUCCAUCUGAUUUUAAUACUUGGCUUCAAAUACGCGAGAACUAUGAGGCAAUAAUCCUUGAAGAUUAUGCUUUUUCUGAAAAAAAUAACAUUGAAUAUUCUCUAUGGCAACUUCAUUACAAACGUAUUGAGGAAUUUAGAGCACUCUUCAAUGCUGCUCAAGCUUCUGGACGAUCAUCUGCUGCGGCCAACAGUGGAAGAGCUCCUCUACAACCAGAUAGAAUAACAAAAAUUCGUGUUCAGUUUAAGGCCUUUCUGUCAGAGGCUACUGGUUUUUAUCAUGAUCUAAUUCUUAAAAUUAAGGCGAAGUAUGGUCUUCCUUUGGGGCAUUUUAAUGAAGAUUCAGAUAAUGAGGCAGUUAUGGGAACUGAUUCUGCAAAAUCAUCUGAUGUAAAGAAAGCAUUAGUAUCCUGUCAUCGUUGCCUCAUAUAUCUUGGUGACCUUGCACGUUACAAAGGCUCGUAUGGGGAGGGUGAAUCUAGAGCUCGUGAGUUUUCUGCUGCCUCAAGCUACUAUUUGCAAGCUGCAUCUCUUUGGCCAUCUAAUGGGAAUCCACAUCACCAGCUUGCAAUAUUGUCUACGUACUCAAACGAUGAGCUGGUGGCUGUGUACCGGUAUUUUAGAAGUUUGGCUGCUGAGGUCCCGUUUCCAACUGCUAAAGAUAAUUUGGUUAUUGCAUUUGAAAAGAAUCGGCAAAGCUAUACUCAGCUGAUUGAGACAAAAAAGAGUCUGGGUGAUGGAGAAGUUAGUAAGACAGAGAAAUACAAAGAAUUCUGUACUCAAUAUGUCCGGCUACAUGGCAUUUUAUUUACUCGGACUAGCCUCGAAACAUUUGGUGUCGUUCUUUCUUCAGUCAAGGGAGCUUUUCAUGAACUUCUAUCUUCUGGACCGGAGGAGUCAUUAAAUUUUGGAAGAGACAGUAUGGAAAAUGGACUCGUCAUUUUGAGGCUUGUAGUUAUUCUCAUAUUUACCGUUUAUAAUGCAAGUAAGAAGAAUGAUGAUCAAUCGUAUGCUGAAAUCUUACAGCAUAAUCUUGUCUGUGAGAAUGCUAAGACUGUUACGUAUGAGCUUAUGAGUCUUGUUGCCGAGAGAUCCGCACAACUCUCUGAUCCUGCCUCUAGCUUCCUUCUACCCGGUAUUCUUGUAUUUCUUGAGUGGCUUGCCUGUUCUCCAGAUUUCACAUCAUGUACGACCAAUGAGAAAAAAUGUAAUGUUGCUAAAUCUUCUUUUUGGAAGCAUUGCUCAAGUUUGUUCAAUAGGCUCCUCUCGAGUCGUCUGGUUGCAGUUGAUGAUGAUGGGGAGGAAAGUUGCUUUACUAACAUGAGCAGAUAUGUUGAAGGGAACAAUGAAAGUCGACUUGCUUUAUCGGAGGAUUUUGAGUUGAGGGGCUUUUUGCCCCUUAUUCCUGCACAGAGUAUUCUGGAUUUUUCAAGGAAGCAGUCUAUUACUGCUGGUGGCAGCACCAAGGAAAAACGAACCCGAGUCAAAAGAAUUAUUGCUGCCGGCAGAGCCUUGGUUUGUAUAGCGAUGGUUGAUCACAAAUCUGUAUCUUUUAAUCCGAAGGUGAAGCAAUUUGUCAUUGGAGUUCAACCACAAGUUUCUGACAAUAGCAUGCCAAGCUCAUAUGUGGGGCCAGCUGAGCCACAUUCCAGUGGACAAGAGGUUAUGCUUUCAUCUGUUAAUUCUGCAACAAUGAGGGAAAAUGUUAAGCUGUUACUUGAAGGAGAUGAUGACGAUGAAGAGAUCGUUUUCAAGCCAGCACUAGUUGACAAACAGAUAGAUGCUCAUGCCGUAGAACAAUCAUGGAACUUUCCUGAGGAUUUGAAGAAGGGUAGGAGUACCCCACCCGUAACCAGGAUGCCUUAUGAACAGGUCACAUCUGAGCGUGUUCAGUCAUCUAACAUCAUUGCUCCCGAGCGUCCUUCAGUGAGGGAUUUACCAAAUUCAUCAUGGCUUGUUGAACAGAAAGCUUUAGUUGCAAAUGGCAUGAAGAAAUUGAGGUUUGUGGAAAAUGGCCACGACGUGAAGUCUGAAAUAAAAGGAAGUGUGGGCGUGUCUGAUGCUGCUUCAUUUUUGCCUCCCCAAUCAUCUGUUAGUUCAAUUAAUGUUGCCACAUUGUCGGACUACCGGAGAACACCAGAAGCUAUGCUUUCGUCAAAGAUGGAUUUUGUUGCAUUUCCUGAUGCCCCUACUGAAAAUUUUGCUGAAAAGCCGCCAGCUCUUGUUUCAGUAGCAUCUAAAGGUCAAAUGGGCCGCCUUGUUAGGCAUCUUGGACCUCCGCCUGGUUUUAGUCCUGUUCCUCCAAAACACGUUUUCAUGCCAAUGUCUAGCAUGGCUGGAACGAAUGGCUCUUUAAUGAUCGAUGAUUACAACUGGCUGGAUGGUCACAUGCAAUCCUUAGCAAGCAGUGUAGGGUCAAAUCAUGCUAGUAAUAAUGCGUCACUCGGAAAUUCUCAGUUUAGUAAUAUGAAUAGCUCGAAUGGAAAUGCUGGCUUUCCAUUCCCUGGGAUGCAAGCUUCUUCCGUUCAGUUUCAAGGGGGGAAUUUCAAAAGCUAUUCCGAGAACCCGUCUUUCCGCAAUCUUAACCCAAACCAUGGACACAAGUUGCUUGAGCAACAGCAUCUUAUGAAUGGAAUUCAUCAGUUUACUCCUCAGCCGGAGCAAUACCAAGGACAAUCCACCUGGAACGGCCAAUAUCGUGUUUGAGUUCGCUAUGACUGUUGUGGUCGUAUGGAUAAUGAGUGUCAAUGCUUCAUACAGUGGAUCUUAUGUUACUGUCUAAAUCUCGAGUUCAUUUCUAGGUGAUGGUUCAUCGGCAUUGAUCCAAAAUUCAUGUCUUGAUUGUCCUUUACUUUUGGAGGCCCGGAGAUUCAAACUGGUGAAUGUCCUGCAUAAUUUUGCCAUUUACACUCCCCAUCUUUGUUCUGCUAUCUGUGUGGAUUCGUAUACCAAGUGGUGGGGUGUGUAAGGUGUCCAACUAGGAGUUGCUGCCAAAUCUAUUAUGCGGAUUCUUCUGGUAGAUGUGGAACGCGUGAUAUGGCUUAUCGCCGAGUUAAUGAAUUAUGUUGCCGCCUAGUUGACUUUGCUAUCUUGGUAGGUUGAGUCAGUUGGUGGUUAACAAAUUGCAUUGAAAAAACAGCUCUAUUGGGUCAGAUCGACAGUCGUCUGAUGGUGAUGUUAAUCUUAGUGUCUUUAAGGUGGUCAGACAGCAGCUGUUACCGAAAUAUUGCUGAAACUAGUGUUCUCUCCCCCCGAAGUUUCUUGGAUAUUCUUGAGGCUUUAUCUGGGAGUCGCGAUGCUUAUGCGAAUAUAUGAAACUAAAAUACGUAAUACGUUAUACGUUAUAGCCUCUUAUCAAAAGGGCUCCUAAAUAAUCAUCAGGAGAAAUGGUGACCUUUGUUUAAGUUGAAUUGUGUGGCUGCGUUUGUGUUAUUUGAACCUAUUUAUUGUUUUUAGUUUGAAGCAAGAACUAUGUACUUGAAAACCUUCCUAUUUCGCCAAGUUAUUUUAAGAUUUUUACGAGACAA